AUGCACAGGCUCCCGUUCACAUUCCAUGAGCUUUGUAUUCAGUGUCUGCCCCGCCAAGCCACCACCCCGGUGAAACUGCGCAGUGUCUUCUUCUUUUCACAGAUUCCUUUGUCUGUGCUUGUUGAAGCUUUGCAGCUUGAGCUGAUUGGCGAGCCCAAGUGGUCGGAGGCCGCCGAGUGCCAGAGUGCCACGGUCACGCUUCAAGUCAGGGGGCUAGGGCCACUGAGGUUCGAUGCCUGCCCAUGUGUCCGUGCCCAAUGCGGCGAGCCUAUUCAGUUGUGCACCUCAGCAGGGCUCGUGGUGGUGCAGCCAGCCACCACUACUUUCUUUCAUCAGCUGAAGUGGGCCUUUGACAGGUGCCGGACCGCCGAACAGCCUUCGGUUGUAUGCCUUUCUUGUUUCGGGGCAAAACUCCAUGAGGUGCAAGACUUCCCGCCGGUUACCUUUGUCGCCGGCUCUGCUGCUGACAUUCAUUUCCACACCCCUGCCUUGGACACUGACCAAGUCCGUGCCUGCUGCAUAACGGAAGUUGCGCCAUGUCUGUGUAUUGAGGUUCCACAGUCCUUCGCCCUCCAUUGGUGGGUCCACCUGCCCUACCACCUGUUGGAGUGUUUGGGGUGGGCUGCCGAGACAGACGCAAUCCCUGCGCAGCCUGAUGAGUUCAUGAGUGUGAUCCUCCGGCCUGCUACCGCGCAGCCUCUUGUCACGCCUCCCACGCUUCGGCUGUACUUGCGUGACCUCUUUUUCUUGGCCCAGCUCAAGGCUUUGGCGCAGGACCCGAAGGCCCUGAUGGUCGGACCCUUUCUUGCGCAGGUCGAUGCCAGGUCCAUAGGCGAGGUUGCCCUACCAGGAAGCCUUCGGCCCCAGGCGGUUGAGGACCUCUGGAAGGCUGCGUGUGAUUUCGCGGGCACCUGGCCAGGUUGCCGAGUCUUCUCCGGCCCCCGCCCAAUUGAGGCUAUGGCGCCCCUCUCCGAAUUGCUUGCGGAUGGUUUGUGCCACCUUAAAGCCCGCACCCGGCUUCCCAUGAUCACCGUGAUGCCUGAAGUCAGGGGUGGCGGGGCUAAGGACGAGAACACCUCUUUUGCUAAAAGCAAGAUUGCCUCCCUACUGCUUGAUCGGGGUGUGUCCUUGGCACAGACGCACGAGGCCGUGGAUUCUGUCGUUCCUGCCAUAGGCACGGCUGCUUGCCUCAGUGCGUUGCGACAGUCGGACUCCAAAGUCCAGUGGCAGAAGCUGUGUUCUGCUGCAGAGGCGACUGGCCUUUCCUGGCCUGCAGGUGAUAAUCGCACUGAAAAGGCUGCCAGCCGCAUCCAGAAAGCUGUGCGAAGACAGCGGCUUUCGCAGCAGGCGCCCAUCUGUGCAUCCGACUUUCGCCUGGAGCCAGACAUGUGGUGUGGCAUGGAUGAGUGCCCGGUCCCAACACUUGAUGAGAUUACCUCAGACUGCACGGGAGCCGUCCUCGUUGACGCCUCGGCCUCCAAUGCCCAGGACCUGGCUCUGUUGCGCAACAUGGGUUCUGAGGCCCUCUGUGUGAUCAUUCCUGGCCACCGCUGUCCAGACCCGGACACCUGCUCAGGACGCACCAGCGUCCCCGUCCGCCAUCGCCAAACGGGGCGCCAGCAUCUCAUUGCUGCUUGCUAUCACAAUGUAGGGGAGACUGACAUUACCCCGCAUUUCCAGCACGGCACCCGCGUAGAUGCCGAAGACACUGUGUGUUGCUCUUUCAACAUGUGCCAAGAAGAUUUCUCCUCAGAGAGCCAAUGGCGUGACUGCACAGCUGCCCCUGUCCGUUCUGUUGUCGAGGCCUUCAGGCUUAAAGGGGUUGACGAGGCACUGCACCACCCGUGGGCCCGCAGCUAUAGAGCCCAGGGUAAGCCCAGCCAACCGCACCUGUGCGACCAGUUUGUCUUUUACGCCAAGGUUCCCCAAAGCAAGUUGCGCCCGGUUCUUCAGGGCAGCGGCUUCAACCGAGUGUAUGUUGUGCCACGGUCCUGGGACCGCCAACUCCUCUCUGGAUGGGCCGUUGUCUGGCUUCCGCUGAGCCGCCAGGAUGUUGAAAAGCAGGCCCUCCUGGUUGCAGAGCAGCAUGGGUUGGUACGGGGUAAGAAUAAGUUUGGCUUGCGGGUCCCGGCGGCCUCCUUCCGCAAAGUGUUCAUGCAACUUCGCCCAGGGGCCGCCAUACCAGAGAGCCUGGAGGUUUCUGAGACGUUCAAGGUCGGGCCCUUCCCCGCUGCUGCAUCGGCCGAGGCUGUCCGUGAAUGGUCCAAGCGUAUGGCGUGGCCGACAAAGGUCAUCAAAAGCCUGGGUCCCCAAUUCUGGCUAUUGGGUUCUGCUGCCCCACCGCCUGCCACUACGAUGCUGUUCAACCAGACGCCUGUGUUGGCCACUGCUGUCAAAGGACGUGAUGUGCACAUGCCAGUUGUUCAGGCAGGAGGCCCGGUGCCCAGAGCCACCAAGACUACAGGUGACCACAAGGAUGCUGAGGACCCGUGGCUUCACAAUGACCCUUGGAGUGCCUACCGUGCUUCUCAGUCUCCCGGCUAUGCCAAGCCCGCGGUGCCCCAGUCUCUCCCACUUGAUGGGGCGGCAGCCAACAGGUUGUCCCAGCAGGACAAUCGCAUUACGGAGCUUGAGAAGGGGUUGCAGCAGCUGCGUGAGGAACACGCUGUGGCCAAUCACGAUCGUGCCAGGGACAAAGCCUCUCUCCAACAUGACAUUGGAGCGGUCCGCAAUGAAGUACAGCAGUUGGGCUCGGGCCUUCGGCAGGACUUCCAGGCCUGGACUGCCAGCCUCACCAGUGCCCAAGCCCAGCAGGAUCAACAGAUCGCAGCUGGCAUGGCCGAGCUUAAAGCCCUCCUACUUGCAUCACAAGACAACAAGAGGAAACAGAGUGAUGUCGAGCUGUGA